GAGGAGCUGUGGCUGCAAGUCCGUGAAUUCACUUCAACUGCUAGACCCACUUUCCAAAUCCUGUGAAGCGUCCACCUGUGGUAAAGUCCACGCAAAGUUUCACAGAACUUCUCUUAUCACUGGAAGGUCCAGAGAGACACAGAAAUCUGAGUUUACCGACCACGAGAGACUCUGGCAGAGAAAAGACUCUGCGCUGUCCACUGUGUCCUUCAGCUGCAGAGUCUCUGAUGAAUGGAUCAGCAGUCUGAGGCUGAGAUGAGCAAACUGACAUCACUGUGUUGCUGACUUCACGCCGGAGAAGCCGAUCAGCCCUUCACUUUCUCCAGAGCGCUCCAGAGACAGGACGGACCCGCCGCUAAGAGGUUUACCGACUCUGAAGCUGAACGUCUCGGAUUGUUCGACUGAACCACGGAGAUUUUAUUUCCUCUGACCGACGGAGCGACGCUUCAUCCUGUAGAUCUCCGGUGUUUUGAUGUCACAUUCCUGAAGUUUCUGGAGAACUCAGAGGACGGAGCCCAGCAGCAGACAGCCUGUGCUCUUCAUCUCUUCAUCCCUUCUGUCUGAGGAGGGAUAAACGGCAGAGAGUGUGUGUUUUGCAGAGAAAAGGAUCCGGUGUUUGCUUGGAAAUGGCUUUUCUGUGUAUGAGAAAAAGACAGAGGGAGCUGAUCUGAGGUCAAGGCCUUCCCCCUCUCCACCCGAGUCACAUGUCAGCGUGAGGCACAACCCCCGGGGUUGCUAUCGUUACGCUGACCGACCUAAAUACUUGGUAAACUCACUUGGAGAAGCGACACAGACUGGAUCACUCAGCUGGAAGCAGAAAGAGCCAAGAGCUUCUUAUCAAGUGAGUUUGCUUUGUGAGCUGUUGACACUUUUUUUUCUUUUUUAGUGAAGUUUCUCGUUCUGGUUUUAAUCAACCUGAGAAACGGACUCUUGCUCAGACCUGCAGAGGUGUGAGUGGCCCUGAGGAUCCUCACCUCCCUCCCUCAGACAAAGAGAAGCACACGGCGUUUUCUCUGGAGAGACUGGUUCACCUCACGUCCACUUUUCGGAUUCAAAAUGCCGGCUAAGACGCCGAUAUACCUAAAAACUACAACUCCUAAGAAGGGAAAGAAGCUGAAGCUUCGUGACGUCCUCUCAGGUGACAUGAUCAGCCCCCCGCUGGGCGAUGUUCGUCACAGUGCCCACGUGGGUCCCGAAGGGGAGGGUGACAUGUUUGGAGAUGUGGGUUUCCUCCAGGGGAAGAUGGACAUGCUGCCGUCUCUGAGUCGGACACAGAACGGUCACGCUCGCUCGCACAGCGUGGAGAGACACCUGGACGAGGGCUUCACCGCCAAACAGGACUCGCACAGCUACGCCUACAACGGUUACCACUAUCAGCACUCCUCCACCGGCCUGCUGAAGACCACCAUCUCCAUGCCUGUGUUCAUCGCCCACGAACAGGCUCCACCCAAACCGCCACGCCUCCACCUGGACGACCACGCCCCUCAGCAGAACCACCUCCAGCAGCAGUGGCAGCCUCCCACAGAGACGAGCCACAGACAGGCGAACGGCCACAGCCUGCAGCACCCGACUCUGUCGCUCUGCGAGAAUGGCGUGGUCGGUCGCUUGGCAUCGGAGCCCUGCCGCGACAUCUCCCUCUCCCCCACCAUCCGCAGGCUCGUCCCCUCCUCCGGCUCCUUCUCAGAGGUCUCCUCUGAGGACUCCAUGUCAGAAACCUGCGGGCCCCUAGAUGUUCGCCGGGGCCUCAGCCUGGACUCUGACGCCGGCCUGAGCAACGAGGACCUGAGGAGCGAACGCAGUGAGUCUCCCUGCGCUGCCUUUCAUCCGGCUGGUCUCACGGUCUCAUCCGGGGUGUCACGGUCAGACUCUAUGGCCGGGUUGGACCUGGAUCUGGGUCCAUCCAUCCUGGAGGAUGUGCUGAGUAUCAUGGACCGCUACAAGACUGUGGACAACCGCUGUGAGCUGUGAACGGAGAUAUUAAUGUGAUGCACAGAUAUUUUUAUACACGUGGUUUAAUAUAUGCGCAAAAACUUUGUGAAGAGACUUAAAGGAGGACGAGGGACAGAGGAGUGGAAGAAAUGUCUUCUCCAAGAGGAAUGAAUGACAGGCAACAGGCUGGUCCUCAGGAGCCUUUAUCAGAGCAGAGCUACAGUCACCGAGUUAUCAUGAACUUUGGAAUAUCAGCCACUGUCCUCAUUGUAUUGUCUGCUAAUUUGACACGCUGAGAACUUUCUGUUCGUUUUUCAGCUGGUUAACGUUUAACGAACCUCCAGCUGAGGCAGAUUCAAACCAGCAGCUGUGAACGAGAUCCAGGAGCAGCAGGACUCACUCACUCACUCGCUCACUCACUCACUCACUCAGUCAGUCACUCAGUCAUGGUGGAAGCUGAUGAUAAUCUCAGUGCUUUCCAACCUGCGAUGUGUGUGUCUGCAGCACAGUUCAAACAUGCUCAGUCACACUGAGAUGAACUGCAGCUACACAACUAGUUUCAGUCAAAUUCUGUCCUGAUUCGUUCGCCUGCUUUGUCUCAGCACUAACACACUGUUCAUAUGUCCACUCUGUAACUGUGUGUGAAGAACGGCUCGUGUUACUGUCCUUCUCUAACCGAUGAAGAUACGAGCUUACGUGACCUGUCCUCUGAUGGAACAGAAGCUCGGACAUUUCUUUCUUUUGAUAAGAAGGAGACUGAGGAAGUUUUUCAUUCGUGUAGUUUAACUAAUAAAAAGCUUUAAGUAUAAAAAAAAGUGCUGCUUUUUAGAUCAUUUUCAGAAAUCAGUCUUUUUAAAACACUCAUGCUCCGUGUUGUGGCUCAGUGUCAGCCUCCCUAACAUUCACUGUCUGCAUUAUCACAGUAGCCUAUUAUUCAAAAUGUCAUUUAUGCUGUAUAUAUAUAUAUAUAUCACUGUACAUGUAUGAAUAAAUGGUUCCU